UGCGCCCCGCGCAUACUGCAAACAGCUCCGCCCGCGUUCGCUUCGCAUUCCAUCUGCUAGUUACCCUACAGCCACUCGUAGUACCCCGAUUCCCGGAGUAGAAUCAGCAUGUGGUCCAAAGUUAGCAUCGCCGGAGCCCUGCUCGUGAUGGGUGGCAUCCUGUCCUCCAGCGUGGUGGACAACUUCGCCUAUGUGGACCGCUCCCUGCCGGUGGCCAUGCCGAAGGCCAAGGCGUUCCAGAAGCCGAAGGAUUGAGCGUCAGGAUCGCCCCGGGAUUCCCCUAGGGUGGGGAGUAGAGGGCAGCCGACUGACCAGUUCCCGGAACAGGAACCAGUGCCUUCCAUUCGGCCGCUGUGGAUACUCAAGGGCCAGUCCACUACUCCGGCUUGUUGUUCACUUACAAGUUCACCGCAAGCGGGAAGUAGUUGAUGUGGCUCCCCAAGACUCCCAAAAGCCCCCUCUCCAUCCGAGCCUUUAAGAACAACAGUUUUACUUGUUAUCCCCUUAACUUAUAACUUUUUGUGUGACCGUUUUUUUUUGUAUUUUGUAUGAUUAAGCUAAGAACUUCCCUACACGUAAGCAAUAAAAUAUUUAAGCAAGAACGACGCAUGCUUAUGUGUACUUGCUGUUUUUUUUGUCAUUA